AUGUCACUGCUGCCGCCGCCGCCCCGCCCCUCCGCCUCCGCUGCUACUGCUGCUGCUAUUGAUGCUGUUACUAAUGCUGUUGCUGUAGUUGGUGCUGUUACUGCUGCUGCUGCUGCUGUUGCUGCAGGAGAUAACUACAAACUACCUGUUGAACAAACACGCAAUCUGCAAGAUCCGACCAAAAAUGUCAAUUAUGUCACGCUUCUGUGGAAGAUACCCACAGCGGCCAUCCCUAAAAUAUCACUAGGGUUUUACUUUCCAAUGAGAACUGAUAUUGUUGCUAUAACAGGACAUAAUGCUAUCUAUUUUGAAGGGAUCCAAUCUCGAAAAGAAUCGCGAGACAAAUUCUUCAAGCCAAGUCAACCGGCAGGAGACUUCAGGACUGAUGACGGCGAUGAAGAUGAUGACGAUGACGACGACGACGACGAUGAAGAAGACUAUGACGAUGACAGCGAUGACGACGAAGACCAUCAUGGCGAUGACGAGGAUGAUGAUGAUGACGACGAUGACGAUGAUACCGCCGAUCGUGGCGAUGAUGAUGAUAAUGUUAUUAGAUGGAAAAGUCAUUUUGAUAAGUAUGAUAUUCUUGGAAAAGGAGAAAUCAGUAAACAAGAUUUUCAAGAAUUAAUGGUAGAUCCGCAAUUUCAAGAGGAAAUUCCAUCCCAUAAAUUGGAUAUCCUUGGUUCCAAGAUGAACACAGUUGAUCAUCUUUCAUACCAAGAAUUUGUUAACAUAAUGAGCAACAAAAGAAAUCCAAGCUUCCGACUGGCUGUGCAGAGCCGAGAAGCUGUGGACGGCUGGAGUGACAAUUUUGUCUACCUGCAGAGUAGGAAGGAUUCUCGUUUCAGAAGAAUGGUACGCAAAAUUGCAAAGGAGUUUCUUACUGAUGAACUGGACAGACAGUACUAUGCUGACCGCUACAGCUGCUGGCCUCCACCCAUCUUUGUACCAGUAAUUACUUUAAUGGAGGUGGGAAGUUUCAUCUACCAUUGCAUUGAUGCUGGUGAGAUCCGCCCAAAUGGUCCUGUGCCAAUGAACAGUCUAUUUAUAUACCGCCCGGAUAAAAGGUUGGAGUUAUGGCGAUUUUUCUUCUAUAUGUUAAUACAUGCAGGAUGGGUUCACUUGUUUUUUAAUAUGUUAGUACAAGUUUUGGUUGGUAUACCUCUGGAAAUGGUGCAUGGAUCCUUUCGUAUUGGUGCUGUUUACUUAGCAGGAGUUCUAGCAGGCUCGUUAGGAACAUCUGUUUUUGAUAUGGAUGUAUUUCUAGUUGGAGCGUCUGGCGGUGUUUAUGCCUUGCUGGCGGCACAUCUUGCCAAUAUUUUACUGAAUUAUCCACAGAUGGAACUUGGAAUAUUCAAACUUGGUGCCAUAUUUAUAGUUGCAAGCGCUGACGUCGGCUUUGCUAUCUGGGACCGGUAUUCAGUGGACGAUGCCCUUCCGCCAGUUGCGUACACAGCUCAUUUAAUGGGAGCUUUGGCCGGAAUCACAAUCGGUCUAGUUGUCCUGAAGAACUUUGAACAGAAACUCCAUGAACAAUAUAUUUGGUGGCUUGCUCUUGGAAUUUACAUUGCGUGUACGGUCUUUGCCAUAUUUUGGAAUGUUUUCUACUACUAGACUUUAUAUACUGCUAUUACAUUCUUCUCAGAACUUUCUCGAAGAACACAGACUCUGCAAUAUAAAGAUUUUCCGACCCCUGCCCAAAAGACUCGUGUGAUGUCUCCAAAAUAUGACACACGACCCCCACCCACACAUACAUUCGACAUUCCAAAAUUUCAAUA